CCUUCUUGCACUUCCUUGCCAAGACAUGUAUAUGUCAUGUUCUUAGUUCCAAUCUAACUGCUCAUAACAAGAGGAACCAUAUAGACACCUUCGUACUUGUCAUGGCCCUUAAGAUCAACACUUUGCUUCUAGUUCUUCUCUUGAUCCUCAUUCCCUUAUCUUCAGGCUUGGCUGAAGGCUUCGGGGAAAACAUGCAUCCAACUCAUGGCUUACUUUAUAAGGAUGGUAUCAAGAUGAACUCGAGGAAGCUUUUGGUUCAUGAUUUUGUGUUGGAUUAUGAUGAGGCAGGACCCAACCCAAGGCACACAAAGAAACCUGGCAAGGGCCCUUGAAUACCCUUACACCAAAUAAUGAAAUAAAUUAAUCUAUAUACUAUCAUCUCUCUUCCUACUCAAUGUUUUGGUCGCGUAUGAGGAGAUAUGUAAACGGGUUUCUUCUUCAUCGGAGCCACUACUUGUGUGUGUUAUGAGGCAAUAAAUUAGUAUGAUAUUUUAUUAUGUACACCUGGUGCGUAUGUAUGGACUAUGGACCAUUAAGCUGAGAAUAUUAUAAUAAAGUUUUAUCAUCUAUCUGCUUUCCAAUUGGCAA